GUCUAUCUGGUAUUGAAAUGUAUUGGGACAUAGGCUAAAGAAAGAAAGAAUGUGAUCUGUCCAGGUGAACGGCCCUCCUUCUUCAGAUCAGCCAUGGUUAAGGGAUUCAGCACAUAUGCCUUGCCCACACUGUGUGGUGAUCGUGUGUAGCAGGUGAAUUGUCCUACACUCAGUGACAACCUUGUGAAGAGACUGGAAUGGAUUGAAGGUGCCAGAGACAUACAGAGUCUUGAGUCCAUGGUCUUGAAGAUGGAUACCUCUUCACAACAUAUCAUCACCCUUGCCAUCCUCCUCUUAACGCAAAGAGACACCCUGCAGGCCUUCACACUGAUCUCCAGUAGCUCUCUGACCCAUGGUCAGAUCACAGAGGCAGGCAUAUUGAACGCCACAGCAAAUGUCUGCAAAACACUGGUAGAGCAAGAAGGAGGAAAUUUUGCCUUGCUGCCAAAUCAACUGGCAGUCGACUCUCUAGCAGAGGCCUGCCUUUUCACCGACUCAGUGAAGACCUUCCAGAUAGCAAUUAGAGUCAUCAGUAGCAGAAAUGCUGCAGUUGAUCUUGAGCGUCCUUUUAGUGAAGAGUACCACUUUGAUGAUGAGAGCUUCAUCCGUGGAAGGAGCCUCAUCACGAGAGGGUUGGCAACCAUUAAAGCCAACAUAAAGCAAGGGAACUUCAUAUCAGCACGGCUGACUGUGGGAGAAAUUUUACACACUUUACAGGAUUUCUACAGUCACAGCAACUGGGUAGAGCUGGGAAACAUGUUUGCCUAUUCCAAUCUAAUCAGAGCAGACCUCAACAUUGACAACAUUGCAGACAGCAGUACACCAACAUGCAGGAACUGUGUGGGUGAUAACUGUGAGAACAAUAUCUUGGAGAAUAUCAUCACAGAAAAGAAACUAACUUCAGGAUACUUCAAUCUGUUUUCAUCCUCCAAACCAGAUGGCAAGUGCAGCCACGGAGGAGCUGUUGACCAGACCAGCGACAGUGAUCCACGGGGUGGCAUCAAUAAGGACGCCGUGGAUUCAGAGCAUGGCCACCUGCACACACAGGCUGCACAGACUGCCAUCGCUGCCACCACUGAGCUCCUCCUGGACAUCAGAGGAGCUGCAGGGGACGCCGACUUCCUACGGUUGAUGGGGAUCAGUCGGUCAUCUUCCUCCUCGUCCUCUGCUCUUUGUUUUGUGGUGGACACCUCCGCCAGCAUGGCCAAUGUGUUGGCUGAACUAAAGAAGGCGACCUCCUCAAUCAUAAACAGCAUUUCCAAACUGCCGUCAGUCUUCAUCUUAAUCUCCUUCAGUAACACUGGGUUAGGGCCACUCCUGAGGACAACAGAGUCUGACAUCUUCCUGUCACAAAUCAAUAUCCUUUCAGCAAGUGGAGGAGGGAAUAGCCCUGAGCCUGGGCGAAGCUUGGAAGCACUUUGGAUGGCCCUCAGCGAAGCACCUCCAUCCUCUCAGAUCUUUGUUUUCACUGAUGCACCACCCACAGAUGCUCAUUUAGAGAGUACAGUGCUUGCUCUCAUUGAGACCACUCAGACUGGGGUUAACUUUUUCCUAACAAAUGUAGGGAGGAGUGGUCAGCGGUCAAAUGAGCUUUACCAGUCUCUGACCGAAGCCUCGGGUGGACAGGCCAUAGUGAUCACUGAGGAGCAGUUCCCACAAGCUGUCACCAUCAUCACUGAUUCCAUUCGCCCUGCUCUGGUAACAAUAUCCCAGACUGUUAGGGACCCAGGAACUACUGAGACUUUCUCAUUCACUGUUGAUGACUCUGUUAAAAACCUGACCGUGUACAUCACGGGAAGUACGCCAUCAUUCACCAUCAUCAGUGCCUCAGGUGCAUCACAAAGCAGCGGAACCUCGAGUGGCUCCUUAGGAACAAUCCAGACAGAGGGGAACUUCAUAUCUGUGCUGCUUAACUCCCCACCUCAAAAGGGACAGUGGAGAAUUAAUAUGAACUCAUUGCAACCAUACACAAUCACGGUUACUGGUGAGAGUGCCAUAGAUUUUCUUUACGACAUUGUGGAAGUUUUUCACAGUCCUACGCCAGGGUUUGCCACUCUGGAGAGCCGACCCCCAGCAAGUGGAAAUACCUCUUUGUCAAUCACCUUGACAGGGGGUUCCUCCAUUAAACUCACUGAUGUGGCCCUGAUCCAAGUGUCAGGCUCUGAUGAGGUUAAAGGCACCGUUGAGAAGACGAACAGUGGGGUUUAUCUGGUGACCAUGACGAGAGUCCCAGAGGGCAGUUUCUAUGUGCAGUUAAGGGGAACAAACGAAUCGUCAACAUCCUCUAAUAAUGUCUUCCAGAGACAAUCCUCCAACCAACUCAAAGCCUCCACAAUUUCUAUCAGGGCUCAAGAGAACCUAAAUUGGAAGCCUGGAACAAACCUCACCAUUCCGUUCACCAUGACAACAACCAGCAGUACCGGGGGAAACUUCACCGUCCAAGCGAGGAACAGCCGCGGCCUCAGCUCAUCUUUUCCCAGCAGUGUGACCCUGGAAGCUGGAGGUCGUACUGAGGGCACGGUGACCCUCACAGCUCCCUUAGACACCCCCUCAGGAACCGACGUCACACUGACCAUUGAGGCCGAGGCUCCUGGAGGCUCAGACUCCAACUAUGUCGUGCUGCGCCUGACAGUCAUAGCCGAUGUGGCAGACAUCACAGCACCAGUCUGUCAGGUGGUUAGCGUGAAUAGCAACUGCAAUGGCAACUGCACUCUGCAGACAUGGGAUUUCACUGCCAGUCUAAAUGAUGGCAAUGGCACCGGUAUCGAGCGCAUCACCGCCUCGGAAACUCUUGGCAACCUCACCACGAGCACACAGCCCGGGCCGGAAGGCUUCAACGUCACUGUGGCCUUCUUUAGCGCCCCCUGCUGCACCGAGGAGGUGAUACUGGUGGCGGUCGACGCCGUGGGGAACGUGGGCUCCUGCACCAUCAGGUCGGGUGGGGUGCAGCUCCGGUCCCCGCCACUGUCCCUCUGGAUCAGUGUGGCCUGUCUUGUGUUAGCCAGAACUUUGAGUCUCUAACAUCCAGGUUUCAUCAUGUUUCACACAAAAUACAUUGAUCCAAACUUUUGAUCAUGGAAAACUCACAUUCAGUCACCUGCAACAUUAAAAUGAAUC